AUGCUACCAACUGAAGAAGAAGUCAAAGAAGCAGUUUUUGCCUCGAGUGGAGAAAGUGAUUGUGGUCCUGAUGGAUUCACAGGGUUGUUCUUUCAGUCCUGCUGGGAGAUAGUCAAGCUAGAUGUGGUGGAUAUGGUGAAGGCAUUUUUUGUGGGGCAAGAACUACCAAGGUUCAUCACUCAUACAAAUCUGAUUCUUAUCCCUAAAAAAGAGCAGGUGCAAAGCUUCUCAGACUUGAGACCAAUCAGUCUCAGAUUGAUUUCUGAGAAUCAAUCAGCUUUUGUGAAGGGAAGAAGUAUCAUGGAGAAUGUAUUGCUCACACAGGAAAUUGUCAAAGAUAUUAAGAAGAUAACCAAAAUAGCAAAUGUGGUGGUAAAACUGGACAUGACCAAGGAAUAUGAUAGAGUCUCUUGGCUCUUCCUUUCCAAAGUUCUCAUAAAUUUGGUUUUAGUGAGAUGCUCAUUGACAUGGUGUUCAGACUACUGUCAAACAAUUGCUGCUGACCAACACUCAGUGAAACUGAUGAUGAGAGUUUUAACUAGAUAUGAAAAAGUGUCUGGCCAGUUGGUAAAUAUGAAUAAGAGUGCCUUUUAUGUUCAUGAAAAGGUGCAGAGUGGCUUGGUCUCAAGGCUGAAACAAAUCACAAGAAUUAGACAAGGCUUCUUUCCUUUCACAUAUCUUGGGUGUCCAAUAUUCUACAGUAGAAACAAAAUAUCAUACUAUGAUCCGUUUGUGAAAAAGAUUGCCAAAAGAGUGCAUGCAUGGAAAGGGAAACUACUAUCAUGGAGGAAGGGCAACAUUGAUAUCUCAUGUGUUACAAAGUAUGGCAGUAUACCUAUUAUCAAGAGUGAACCCUCCAAAGGGUGUGAUCAGACAAAUGCAUAG